AUGUCGAAGAAGGCUCCAGCCGCAGCAUCGCCUUCGCCCGCCCACCCUCCUGUUGGCACGUUGAUUGACCGAGGCUCUCUAGAGCUGGUAGAGGUGCUGGGCGUCGGAGGCUACGGCGUCGUGUACAGAGCCACCGAGACAUUUUCGCCAUGCCGGCGCUCGUACGCCGUCAAAUGCCUUUCGAAUGCCAACAGCCAGUCGAACAGUCGUCGCCAGCUCCAUCUCCGCGAAAUCACCCUGCACCAAAUUGCGUCAGUCCACCCAUCAGUCGUGACCCUCCAUCGCGUCAUCGAAGAGCUUGACUGCACGUUCCUCGUCAUGGAAUACGCCCCAGACCACGACCUCUUCGCUCAGAUUCUCGACCAGUGCCGAUACCUUGGGAAAGACUUCCUCAUCAAACACGUAUUCUUGCAGCUCAUCGACGCCGUUCAGUAUUGCCAUUCUUUGGGCAUCUACCAUCGUGACCUAAAACCCGAGAAUAUUCUAUGCUUCGACAAGGGUUGUCGGGUAGCUAUUACCGAUUUUGGUCUCGCGACGACCGACAAGUCCAGCAGGGAGUUCCGGACGGGUAGCGUCUAUCACAUGAGCCCAGAGUGCCAGGUUGAAGAUUCUGCGACGGCUCCGCCAUACUCACCGAUGCAUAAUGACAUCUGGUCGCUUGGAAUCAUCCUUUUGAACCUCGUCACUGGGCGGAAUCCUUGGAAGUCUGCGACGCCAGACGACCUCACAUUCCAAGCUUACAGGCGUGAUCCUUUGCAUUUCCUUCCAACCGUCCUUCCCAUAUCCGAUGAGCUUAACCACAUCCUCAUCCAAGCGCUCAACCCCGACUGGAGAACUAGGUUAUCCCUCCCUCGGCUACGAGACGCUGUCGAGAGCGUCAGCACAUUCUACUCCAGCGACGCUAUCCUUGAAGGCAGUCUCGCGCGGUGUCCUUGGGAAGCAGGUCUCGAUCUUGGAAACGGCGCUGAAGAAACGAAGCCAGCCGUCGAAAAGCGUCCCGUGCCAGAUAUUCCAGAGGGCAUCGAGCCGUACUGCGUCGCCUCAGCGUCCGCUGUGGGGUCGCAUUUUCCAGGCCAAUCUUCCCAAGAGGAAGAGAUGGACGAGUGUGGUUGGGACGGUCAAGUGUCUGAAUACGACGUAGACGAGCGUCGCAUGGACUACGACGAUGGGAUCUUGCAUACCCCCGCAUACGCACGCUCGAACCGUUCUUCCCUCUCCUCCGACCCCGCAUCGCCCGUCACGCCAAGCAGCUACUUCGACAGCGAAAGCCGGUGUACCUUCAUCGACGUCGACUCAUAUCGUGUCUACGACCAGGAAGGCGACGACCGCUCUUGCGACGUGGACGGCAUGUUCGCAUUCCCGUCCUUCACUCAAUCCUCCAUGGACGACAGCGACGAAAACCGAUUUGCUUCUUCAGUCUUCAUCGCCACGCCCGUCACAGAUUCAAAACCAUAUCCCGCUCAACCCAUUUCACGAUACGGAACUGGUUUCAGGACCGAGAAACGCUAUUCCUCUCCCAACACAUCGGUGUAUUCCGUCGCCGAGGCACCGGUAUAUUCCCCAGACUCGCCUACGACACCAGCGGACUGGCACUUUGCUGACGAAGUAGAACCAGAGUCUCCAGUCGUCUUCGUCUGGCCGGAGGUCAAUUCACGAGCAGGGUCAAAACCGAUCGAGAUACCGCGUAGUAGGCGAGGCUCGCAUGACAAGCACAAGGGGCAGUAUAUCUUCAACCCAAUGCGCUUCUUUCCGAGGUCUUCCGGAACCUCAUGGCUCAACUCGAGGGUGUCGCCUCCAGGACGCAAGUCCGCGAAGCCGCCUCCCGUUGAGAAGAUUCGCCCAAUGACGCCACCUCCGACACACCAUGUGUGGGGCGAGUAUCAUCCUACGUGUCCAGUUGAGAGUCCAGCAGGGCCGAAUCGUAUGCCACCGAGAUUCGGGUCGCACAUCCUUCCAGGGAGGGAAUGGUUCCCAGAUUUCUUCGCGUCGCGCGGCGGUAGCUGA